UCGAUGGGAAAAGCAUGUCAACGCAUUGACGUCGCAAUGCAAAAUUUGCACAUUUCCACCAGCCAAUCACAGCGUCGGUCACGUGACCCCAGUUGGCGAUUCUCUCUCCUAGAGGUUCUCUACUCUGUCUGAAGUCUCUGAACAUAACCUUGUAUUUCUGCCAUAUGUAAGUGCGGUAAACGUGUUUCUCUAUGCAAGUGGUUAUAGAAUUGAGCUCUAGAAAAAUAGUUUCUUAUAAAUAUCUUGAUGAAAAAAUAUACGGAGUUCUUUUCUGAAGAUGAAGGUUAAAGUGUUAAGUAGGAAUCCUGAUGAAUACUUACGGGAGACUAAACGAGACAUUCACAAAAUCCCACGAAAUUUCGAUCCUGCGUUGCAUCCCUUCCAAGCAGUCAGAGAAUACACAAAAGCUCUGAAUGCUGUUAAGUUGGAGAAGGUGUUUGCGAAACCAUUUGUACGCAGCUUGGAGGGUCACAAAGAUGCAGUGUCCUGCAUGUGCAAACAUCCCUCUCAAUUGUCUACUCUUCUGAGUGGCGCUUACGACGGUGAGGUGAGAACAUGGAAUCUCGGCCAAGGGACAUGCACCCGCUCGUUUCUGGCUCACGAUGGCAUAGUUCGCGGUAUUGCGUAUAUGCCAGAUGGGAAACGCUUCAUUACUGUCGGCGACGACAAGACGAUCAAGACCUGGGACACUGUCUCUGCUGGUGAGGAGGAGGAGGAACCUGUGAAUACUAUUGUCAGCAAAAUGGUAUUAACUGGUGUUACACACCAUUGGACCAAACCAGUUUUUGUUACCUGUGGAGAAGGCAUAUGCCAUAUGUGGGAAGAUACUAGGAAUGAACCCUUACGAACAUUUAAAUGGGGCGUGGAUAGUUUAAUAGAUGUGAAAUUUAAUCCAGUACAAAAGGAUCUUUUAGCAUCUUGUGCCAGUGAUCGCAGCAUAAUUUUAUAUGACACUAGAGAGACUGGACCUUUAACAAAGAUAGUAAUGAAAUUACGGACCAACAAGCUCUGUUGGAAUCCCAUGGAAGCCUUUAUCUUUACAUGUGCUAAUGAAGAUUACAAUUUGUACACCUAUGAUGCCCGCAAGUUGAAAGCACCAGUUACUGUACACAUGGAUCACGUGGAAGCUGUGAUAGAUGUGGAUUACUCGCCAACGGGAAAAGAAUUUGUGUCGGGCAGCUAUGACAAAUCUAUUCGUAUUUUUGAGACGGAUAAAUUCCACUCGCGAGAGGUGUACCACACAAGACGCAUGCACAGACUUACCUGCGUAGGAUGGUCGCUGGAUAACAGAUUUGUAAUUAGCGGCAGCGAUGAAAUGAAUCUUCGCGUAUGGAAAGCUAAAGCGUCAGAAAAGCUCGGCAUUAUGAAAGCCAGAGAAAGAAACGCGCGACUCGUCAAUGACACUCUGAAAGAGAAGUAUGCGGCGCAUCCGGAAAUCCGACGAAUUGCACGUCAUAGACAAGUGCCGAAACAUAUAUAUAACGCACGCGCCGAAUUACGAACGAUUCGCGAAAAAAGUAGACGCAAGGAGGCUAAUAGGCGUCGACAUUCCAAGAAGGGAGCCGUACAGUACGUGGCAGAAAGGAAGAAGAACGUCGUGGGUCAAGAGACCUGAAGCGGCGUGUUCUCGGAUCUUUUUAUCUGAUAUGAUUGCACGCGUUGUAUUUUACGGCCUUUAUUUAGCGACUCGUUGGUUAUUUCAACGAGUCAUCGGUUUUUACACUUGUUAAAUCUAAAACUCGUACCAGACCACGCAUUGAAGAUUGAGGAUUGCAAAUUAAAACUUAAUCUAUCAGGACGAAAGAAAUUAAAAUUAAAAUUAAAAUUAUCUUUUUAGUCUAAUAAUCUAAUUCUACUCUUCAAUUCGCAAUCCUCAAUCUUCAAUGCGUAAUUUGAUAUAAACUUUACAGGAUGUAUAAUUGCGUGAGGAGUACUUUGUAUUAUAUUUAUUGUAAUAAAUAAUUUCUCUUGACAUUA